AUGCCGAAUGGGGAGCUUUUAGUCCUUCAAUCUGUGGCAUUUCAUUUCUGCAGUAUGGGAUUUUCUUUAUUUGUUUGCAAUGCUUUUGUUUAGAUGAAAUUCUGUUUGAGUUUCCUUUGGUGAAUGAUCAGCAUCACCUCUACUUAGAGAGAGAGCAGAGUAAUUUGGGUCAAGUGUUUCUGGGUUUUCACAACCAUGGCUUCUUCAAUGCUUAGUGGAGCAGCCCCAACAGGGGUAGGCUUUGCGAGGUCCAAUUUUCAUUUUAGGAGCUUGCCCCUGAAGAGUUUAUUUUGUUAUACAAAAAAUCAGAAGACUAGAAUGGUGGUAGCACCCAGAUGCAGUAUAUCAUCCUCAAGGCCGGCUUCUCAGCCUAGGUUCAUACAACACAAGAAAGAAGCGUUUUGGUUUUACAGGUUUUUAUCAAUAGUGUAUGAUCAUAUCAUAAACCCUGGUCAUUGGACUGAGGAUAUGCGGGAUGAGGCGCUUGAGCCUGCUGAUCUUUAUUCUAGGAAUAUGGUAGUAGUCGAUGUUGGCGGCGGAACUGGGUUCACUACACUUGGUAUAGUGAAGCAUGUGGAUGCUAAGAAUGUCACAAUUCUUGAUCAGUCCCCUCACCAGCUUGCUAAGGCCAAGCAGAAGGAGCCUUUGAAAGAAUGUCAGAUUAUUGAAGGUGAUGCGGAGGACCUACCAUUCCCUACUGAUUAUGCCGACCGAUAUGUGUCUGCAGGGAGUAUUGAGUACUGGCCAGACCCACAGCGGGGAAUUAAGGAAGCUUACAGGGUACUGAAAAUAGGAGGGAAAGCCUGUCUUAUUGGUCCUGUACACCCAACAUUCUGGUUAUCACGGUUUUUUGCGGAUGUGUGGAUGCUCUUUCCGAAAGAGGAAGAAUAUAUUGAAUGGUUUAAAAAGGCUGGUUUCAAAGAUGUAAAGCUGAAAAGGAUUGGUCCGAAAUGGUACCGUGGUGUCCGAAGACAUGGCUUGAUCAUGGGUUGCUCUGUCACUGGAGUGAAGCCCUUCGGCGGAGACUCUCCAUUGAAGAUGGGUCCGAAGGCAGAAGAUGUUCAGAAACCUGUUCAUCCUUUGGUGUUCCUUUCACGAUUUAUUCUUGGGACAUUAGCAGCAGCAUACUUUGUACUAGUUCCAAUUUACAUGUGGCUCAAAGAUCAAAUUGUUCCCAAGGGUCAGCCUAUUUGAAAAUCAGAGAACUGUAAAAUAGUGAUCGAAUUCUUCUUCUUUACCUCUUUGGUGAUUUGCUUUAUUUGACUGCUUAUGUGUUUUUGCUUCUCUUUCCAAGAUUUUGUAACUUAAGCCUUGCUAAAUGUGAAAGUGCUGCCUUUACCCUUUA